AUGUCUAGAUCUCUGCUAUUCAUCUACUACUGUGCAGAGGAUGUUGGAAGAUUGGAUAUCAGUAAAGAAAACUAUCUCUAUGCUGAGUGUGCGACACACUUGUAUGUUGCUCUCUCCUUAAGGAAAAAAGAGAGCAAUCUGCUUGCUGUUAUGGCUUAUGACCGUUACGUAGCUGUAUGUUAUCCAUUACAUUAUACUACAUUCAUGAAUAAGAUGGUUUGUGUGAGAUUAGCCAUCGGUACAUGGAUAUGUGGGUUUCUUCUCUCUAUUUGCCAUGUUGCUCUAACACUCAAUGUAAAUCGUGGUGGCAAUAAUGAAAUUAAUAAUUUUUUCAGUGAAGUUCCAGAAAUGUUAUCACUGGGUUGCGAAAAUAUUUUGCUUAUUGAAUCAGUCGUUUAUAUUGUGGGUGUGAUUAUUAUCAUAGCACCAGUGACAUUUAUUGCAAUAUCUUAUUCUCAAAUUAUUUUAACCAUUUUAAAAAUUAAAUCUUUUGCCGGGCAGCGGAAAGUGUUCUCCACCUGUGGCUCUCACAUGAUAGUUGUGAUAAUGUUUUAUGGCUCAUGUAUGGCUGCUUACUUGAAACCUAGGUCAAUUUCUGUAGGGGGAACAGACAAAUUAAUCUCUAUAUUUUAUAUCAUUCUUACACCAAUGCUGAACCCCAUUGAUUUAUACUCUAAGGAAUAA